AUGGCGCCGCGUUUCGUUUAUCGGAUUUUGUCCCUUGUUGUCUCAGCCCUUCCGGUGGCCAUCCGCAUCAAACUGUGGUGGCGCCUUCUCCGCGCGGGCAGGCAGCGUUGGGAAUCCGAGAGUACCACCCAACGCAUACCCGGAGGCAUGUAUAUCAAGUACUCGACACUCGGACGUCCAGUGGAGGCCCAAGCAACGCACUUCGUCGGCACGCAUACAUCGAUCCCUGUCCCGGUCAUCGUUGACUGCUUCCCCGCGGACGGCAUGAUCUGGAUCGUCAUGUCCCGUCUCCCCGGCGAUAACCUCGAGGCGUACCUACAAGAUAUCACCCCCGAAGUCGAGCAGCAUCUGGGCCGCCAGCUUGCACCGCUGCUAGCAUCUCUUCGUGCUAUCCCGCCGCCGAGCUCCGCGGUCUGCGGAUUUGAUCAAGGACCCUGUCACUGUGAACGCAUGGCGAUGGAUGCGAUCCCCCUCGGCCCUUUCGAGAACAUCGAGUCAUUCCAUGAAUCCCUCCUUGGCCGUGCUGGAAUGAGAAUACCGGAGAGCGUGGAUGCCACGCUUAUCCACGAGACCAUCAGGAAGGCCCACGCGCGGCCUCAUCGGCUGUGUCUGACGCACAACGACCUAGGCCCGCAAAACGUCCUCGUGGAUGAGCAGUGGAACAUCACAGGGAUCGUCGACUGGGAAACGUGCGCGUGGCUGCCGGAGUAUUGGGAACUGACCAAAGGCACCUACAUCUGGCAUUUCCGAAAUGGACCCUGGGAGAGGAUCAUGCUCUCCGUGUUUCCGGAUUACGCAGAAGAGCUACAAGCCGAGAGGUAUAUCCUCCAGUACAGACAGUUUUACGGCUAG